CAACACAAACACCCAGCACCUCUCUCUCUCUCUAAGACACUGUCACCCCGUAUCCGUAACCCUUGCCUUUAUAAGCGCUGACGACCCAGUCAUAGUUACUACUAACAUCUCUCUUCUCUCUCUCCCUCUCUCUCAAUCUCUGUCUUACCUGAAUUGAGUGUGAUGGGGAAGAUCUCCAAGAAAACCCAGAAGAACAGCUCAAACACAAGUACCACCAGCAGCAGCAGCAGCAGUAACGAUACCAAUAGCACCAAUCACGCUCCCAAAACAAAGCUGAAGCGCACGCGCAAGAGCCUUCCUCGUGAUUCUCCCCCCCAGCGCAGCUCCGUCUACAGGGGCGUCACUAGGCAUCGGUGGACGGGCCGGUACGAAGCGCAUUUGUGGGACAAGAACUGCUGGAACGAGGCACAGAGCAAGAAAGGAAGACAAGUAUAUCUAGGGGCCUAUGACGGUGAAGAAGCGGCAGCACAUGCUUAUGACUUGGCAGCAUUGAAGUACUGGGGACAAGACACCAUCCUUAAUUUUCCACUUUCUACUUAUGAAGAGGAGUUUAAGGAAAUGGAGGGUCAAUCAAGAGAAGAAUACAUUGGCUCUCUGAGGAGAAAAAGCAGUGGGUUCUCCAGGGGAGUUUCCAAAUAUAGAGGAGUAGCAAGACACCACCACAAUGGAAGAUGGGAGGCCCGAAUUGGCAGAGUUUUUGGCAACAAAUAUCUCUACCUCGGUACCUAUGCUACCCAAGAAGAGGCAGCAACAGCAUACGACUUGGCAGCUAUAGAGUACAGGGGACUUAACGCCGUCACCAACUUCGACCUCAGCCGUUACAUCGACUGGGUGCCACCAAACCAAAACAACCCCAACAACUCUCCACCAAACCCUAACCCUAAUGUUGACGGCGGCAAUCUCUUACCUGACCCUACCAACGAAUUGGACCUAAGUUUCCUCCACCACCAAAACUCCACCUCCACCACCACCACCGCCGCCGAAUCAACCUUACUUCCCCCGCGGAGUAGUUUUCCUGAUGACAUACAGACUUACUUUGACUGUAACGAUUCCGGAAGCUACGAUGAAGGGGAUGGCAUAACAUUUGAUGAUUUGAAUUCGUUUGCCUCCCAUAUCUUCAACUUUGAAUUUGAUGCCAACUAGAGACAAUUAAUUCAGGGACUUUAGGGGGUUUUUCUUUGGUUUUUUUACUACGAUAUUAUGGUUCUCUUUCUAUUCUGAAAAAUGGAAGGGAUAAGUGUUUUUUUUUUUUUGCAUUCUUUUCUUGAAUUAGUGAGUAUUGGUUAUUACUUAUUACAUGUAGAUAAACGAAAAUAGACAUUCAUUUACCCGUGUUUCAAUAAGAGAAUUGUUGGGAUGUAA